AUGCGGGGCACCCCUGAAAUAAAGACAAAAGCAGGAAAAAAGCAGUGGAUGCAAGCCAUCAGUGCUUCCUUCUCAGCAGCAAAUGAGUUAAAACAUGAUUCCAAAGGUACAAACAUUUCUUUAGGAGAAGUUACGGAUGAGACCUCUGAAAAUGAAAAGCCAGGAGACUUCAGUGAAAAGAUAACAGUUUCAGACUUGGAUGAAAAGAGUAGAUUUUCAGACAAGGUAACUCUUAAAGAAGAAAAAGAAAAUAGUUAUGAAGUUUGCAAAAGCAAAGAUUCUAAAAAUACAGAUAUUGUGGUUGGUGAAUGUGAAUUAGCAGCGCUGGGCCCAAAACCUCUGUGCUUCUCAGAUUCUCAUGAAUCUAAUGCUCAUCUAAAUGCUCAUCAAGAAGACACAUUACUGAAACCCUGGAUGAAUGAUUUCAGAUUUCCAGGAAAACAUUCUCUUCUAAAGCUGCAGAAUUCUGAAACUUAUGAGAUCAUCAAGAGGGAAAAAAAUGUAGAGGUGUUUCAGAAACCCCUAGGGUUGAUGAUACCUCAUAGGUAUUGCAAAUUUCAUUUUAAUACAUUACGUGGCUGUGAGCGAUCACAAUGCAAGUUUGCUCAUGUGCCUGAGCAAGGGGGUGAAAAGGUUUGCACGGAUGUGUUUAAGAAGUACAUAAGUAUCAAUGAGCUGUGUUUGCUGCAACGUGCAGUAAAUAUAUUUAUGGAGUACUACAGAAAGUUUCCUCCAGGUAUACACUUUGAUUUACAAGUGCUAAAUGAUCUUCUAAAUUCUUUACUCAAACAUUGUUUAUUGAAAUAAGUAUUUCAGGUAGUGAACCUCAGCAUAAUGGUUAAAAUGCUGCCUGCUCUGAAAAUAUUACUAGAAAUAUUUGAGCAUGUGGCAUCUAUAACAUUAAGGAAUGCUGUGCCUCCUUUAAUUGAUAUCCUUUGCAAGCUUAUUGAAGCUGGGAUGGUGUUUGACCCAGAACACCUUAACUACACUAAGCUUUUAUGCCAAGUACAGCCUUCCAAACAAGAAAUAACUGCAGAUCUGGAUUUGGAAUCCAGGUUGCAAAUGAGGCAAUUUAAAAAGAACUGGAAGUGUGCUUUAGAUUCAGCCUUGAAUGAAAUAGAGCAUUGUAAAGAAAAAGGUGACUGGAACAAAUCAGGAAGUUUAUACAUUAACAUAAAAAUGAGCUGUGAAAACUUUGCAAAUUUCCAAAGAUUUUGUGCUUGUAUUGCUGAAACACUUACAAAAGACAGUGAAGAUGAGAGACCAAGUGUUCCAUUUUGUGAAUUUGCUGAAACAGUUACCAAAGGUUCACAAAACAGUGAAGUAGAUAAAGCUUUUCUGGGAAGAAUCGGAAUCAGUGUUAUGUACUUCUAUCACAAGCUGUUGUGGUGGUCCAAGGGAAGGAAGGUUUUAGAUAAACUUUAUGAAUUAAAAAUACAUUUUACAAGUUUAAAAGGACUUACAGGACCCAAGAAGUUAGCACCAAGAUGUCAAACUGUGAAUAUUGCAGCAGAAAUUUUUCUAGACAGUGGAAGCCUAGAUGGUGCCAUUUGGGUACUAAGGGAGUCAGACCGUAUAAUCAGUACACCACUGUGACCUGGUGACAGACUGGAUGUACUCAAUCGACAUAAUCUGCUCUGUACAAUUGCACACGAAUUCUUAGCCAAGAGCCUUUACAGACAGACAUUUGAAGCUUUGCAAAAUCUACCAGGUUUCCUAAAUUCUCAAGAAACUGUGGAGGUCUCACAGUAUAGCCUUCUUUUUAAUAAACUUCUAGAUACCUGUAUAGAAAGCAACAAUCUUGGUAUGUCAUCUUCUGUAGCAGAAUUCAUGAUUUCAAAGAGCAUCCCUAUCGAUUUUUCCUUUCUUAGAAGAUUAAUUACUUCUUUAGGAAGAAGUUGUUUAUGGCUCAAAGCCAGAGCCCACUAUAAAAGUGCUCUUUCAAUGGGUUUCUACCCACCACUGGAGGGAAAUUUAUACCGAAAACUUCUAUUGAUGCCAUCUUAUUUAUAUGAGAUUGAAAUGCUUUUAGCUAUAGAAAUCUUCCUCUUAUCUAAUGCUAGUAGUAUUCAGAGUCCUGGAACACAGAUGUUGCAUAUAGUUUUGAAAAGAUGUGAAGAAAACAAAUCUCGGAGCAAGGAUGAUUACCAAGCUGGUGAAAGAUUAAUAAUGGCUGCUCGUAUAUAGGAUCCAAAGCUUUUCAUUAAACACAUGACCGUCAGUGUUAAUAAGGAACAGGUUUAUAAUUUGGAACAUUGUUCUGCCCUGAAAUGGUUAAAAGAGAAUAUGAAGUGGGCUGGGUAG